AAGCCAUUCACCUCGGCGUAUACUGCCUGUCUACUUCCUUUCAAAUUUUUCCUACUUGCAGGCGCGCUGCGCGCGAAUUGGAGUCAUUGCCUUUCUUGGUUGAAUCCACACUGUACCACACACGACUAAAUUUUCUUCCUUCUCUUCUCCCCACAUAUCAGAAGAAAACAAUAUUCAUCAUGGUUUGCGCAGAUUGUCAUCCAUCAGAAGGUCCUAUCAAGCAUGUCAACGGUCAUACCAAUGGCAUCGCUGAAACCCACGUUCCAAUCGAUAAUAAAGCAGUCACAAGACAAAGAGGAAGUGUUGCCCAACAACCGUUCCAUGCAAACAAUGUAGGAAAUUUGUCCAACUUCAAGAUUAUCGAAUCUACCCUACGUGAAGGUGAACAAUUCGCAAACGCUUUCUUUGACACUGAAACAAAGAUUAACAUCGCCAAAGCACUUGAUGAAAUGGGAGUAGACUGUAUCGAAUUAACAAGUCCUGCAGCAAGUGAACAGAGCAGAUCCGAUUGUGAAGCCAUUUGCAAGCUCGGAUUAAAGACAAAGGUUAUCACUCACAUUCGUUGUCACAUGGACGAUGCAAGAAUCGCUUGUGAAACUGGUGUGGACGGUGUGGAUGUCGUUAUGGGUACCAGCAAAUUCUUGCGUGAAUACUCACACGGUAAGGAUAUCACCUACAUCACCAAAGCAGCCAUCGAAGUUAUCGAAUUCGUCAAGAGCAAAGGAAUUGAAAUCAGAUUCUCUACCGAAGACAGUUUCCGUUCCGAUUUGGUGGAUCUAUUAAGCAUUUACCAAGCAGUUGACCGUGUUGGUGUGAACCGUGUCGGUAUUGCAGACACUGUUGGUGUUGCAAACCCACGUCAAGUGUACGACUUGGUCAAGGUUUUGCGUGGUGUAAUUUCACCAGAAUGUGAUAUCGAAGUUCAUUUGCACAACGAUACCGGAUGUGCUAUCGCAAACGCAUACGCUGCCCUCGAAGCAGGAGCAACACACAUUGACACAACCGUUUUGGGUAUCGGAGAACGUAACGGUAUCGUUCCUUUGGGUGGUUUCCUUGCCCGUAUGUACACAGUCGAUCGUGACUUUGUUAUGAGCAAGUACAAGAUUGCAAACAUUCGUGAAGUUGAAAACUUGGUUGCAGACUCUGUCCAAAUUCAAGUUCCAUUCAACAACUACGUUACCGGUUACUGUGCCUUCACACACAAGGCAGGUAUCCAUGCCAAGGCAAUUUUGGCUAACCCAGCAACGUAUGAAAUCUUGAAGCCAGAAGAUUUCGGAAUGUCAAGAUAUGUGAACAUUGGAUCUCGUUUGGUCGGAUGGAACGCAAUCAAAUCACGUUCAGAACAAUUGGAAUUAGAUUUGACUGAUGAGCAAAUCAAGAUUUGCACACAAAAGGUUAAAUCUUUGGCAGACGUUCGUGAACAAACGGUUGAAGAUGUUGACCGUAUCUUGCGUGAUUACUGGCAUGCACUACCGGGAAACAGCAACACAAGAACGAUUACAGGAGCACCAAAGCAUGCUGUUGAUGCUACUUCAUCUUAAUCUUAUUGCUUGCAACUCCUUCAUUGCUUGGAAAUGAUCUGUUCUAUAGAUUAUAUUCUCCCAUUUCUCAAAAGUAAGAACAGGAUUCAAGCUUCGCUGUCCAUUUCCUGUCAUGUAUAUACAUAGUAGCAAUUCGUAUCUAAGUCUCUUUCUACAAGAUGCUAGUGGUCCAAUCAUUUCUGUUGCAUUUCAAAGGCUUUUAAAGCGCGUUAGAUGUGCAUGCAUUUGAAAUGUUCUGUGAUUUCAUAGGGGUCCUGCACACUUUCCCGCAGGCUUUUAGUGCAGUAGGGGCAAUCACUAUAUGUCGCAUUAUCUGAACCUACCAUUAGAGCUCACAUCAUCAGACAUCGGCAAUUGCAGGAGCAACUAAAUGAAGUAGUGUUUACCCUAUUGAGCAUAGUUCCGUAAAAGUACAAGGUAGUAGAAGUGGUGAUAUAGA